GAGAAAAAGAAAUUAAGAUCCGAAAUAAGCAUAGGUAUAACCGUCGGCGACCCGGCGGCAAAGAUUUGAGCUUUGUAGAUAAGAAGAUAGAUUGAUAGAUCUACGACUUCAUCCACUCGCCGAAACCUUAGAGAUUCAACCGCGGGAAUGAUAGCGUCAACGGUGAAGAAGCCAUUGUUGGGGGUCACAGUCCUCACGUUCUCUAUCUUCCUUGCCAUUAUUUUAUUUCCUCCUUUGUAUCCCUUCUCCGAGACCCCAAUCUCUCUUGAUUCUUUGCUACUUGAAAGACCAGAAAUAUGGAGUCUCCCAAGGGUCGUGGCAUGGCGGCCUUGCAAUUGGUGGCUCCGACGUGAUUUUAGUGCUCUACCAGCUGAGACUAACGGCUAUAUCCGAGUGGAUUGUUAUGGUGGGCUCAACCAGAUGAGGAGGGAUUUAUGCGAUGGUGUUGGCAUAGCUCGUUUGCUGAAUGCAACUCUUGUUUUGCCCAAGUUUGAAGUUGCUGCAUAUUGGAAUGAAUCAAGUGAUUUUUCAGAUAUCUUUGAUGUGGAUUAUUUCAUCAAGCAAUUGAAUGGCUUUGUUAAAGUAGUAAAAAAGCUUCCUCCAGAGAUCGCAUCAAAGGAACCCUUCAGAGUUGAUUGCAGCAAACGUAAAGGCCUAUUCGACUAUGCUGAAAGUGUCCUUCCUUCGCUGUUGGAGCAUCGUUAUAUUGCUAUCACACCUGCAAUGAGUCAAAGGAGGGAUAGGUACCCUCUGCAUGCAAAAGCUGCAUUUUGUCAAGGUUGUUACAAUGCUUUACGCCUCAUAAGUGCGUUGGAAAAGAAAGCUUCUGAUCUUCUACAAGCUAUACCAAAACCCUUCCUAUCACUUCACCUAAGGUUUGAACCUGACAUGGUGGCUUAUAGUCAGUGUGAGUAUGUAGGUCUUUCUUCUGCUUCUAUGGAAGCCAUAGAGGCUGCACGAGGGGAUCGAAAACCUUGGACUGGAGAAGCAGCUCAGAUUUGGAGAAACCGUGGGAAGUGUCCCUUGACACCAAAUGAAACUGCCUUCAUCCUCCAAGCUCUUUCUAUUCCUACAGACACAAAUAUUUAUUUGGCUGCUGGCGAUGGCUUGAUGGAACUCGAAGGGUUUACCUCAGUGUACACCAAAGUAGUAACCAAAUCCACUCUUCUUAAUGGCGAGGAUUUCACAAAGAUGCACGGGAACACAAAAGCUGCACUUGAUUACUAUGUAUCUAUUAGCAGCGAUUCUUAUAUAGCAACCUAUUUCGGGAACAUGGAUAAGAUGGUUGCAGCAAUGAGAGCCUUCAAGGGGUUGCAUAAGACACUUUUCUUGAGCAGGAGAGACUUCUCGGUGUUGACUUCUCAGGGUCUUGAGGGAAAGGACUUGGCAGAUGCCCUGUGGAAGGUUCAUAGAGAUGAUUUUGUAGUGGGCAAGGGAUCUGCUUUGCCAGACUGCUUCUGUGAAGAAAAACUAUAAAUCAAAAUUCAUUUCAUUUGUUACUCUUUAUAUUUUUGUUACCAUUGAGCAUUUCUAUACCUGUAAGACAGUAUAAAACUGAGCAAGAUAGAAAAUUGAGCCCCUUGGUGUUUAUGCUUUGUCCUCUCAGCUUUAAGUAGCACAUUAGGAACUGUUUUUAUCAAGACAAGAUUUAUAUACAUUUCCCACAUGAUGGUUGGUGUC